AUGGGGAUCGCUGUGGAACAGUACUGUGUGCAACAUUCUCAGGGAUCCUCUACUGGAACACUCUGCAGUCUGCGUGAUGAAGAACUGAAGCUGUUCUUUGUGGAUGAUAAAGAGGCUGUCUGUGUUGUGUGUCAAACUUCAGAGAAGCAUGGGGAUCACAAGGUCCGUCCUGUUCAGGAGGGUGCACAGGACUGUAAGGGAGAGCUCAAGACUGCGCUGAAGCCCUUGCAGGACAAGCUGAAAACCUUUAAUAAAGUUAAACAAGAAUGUGAUGAAACAGCAGAGCACAUCAAGAAACAAGCCCAGCAAACAGAGAGGCAGAUAAAGGAGGAGUUUGAGACACUUCACCAGUUUCUACGAGAUGAAGAAAAGGCCAGGAUAGCUGCACUGAGGGGGGGAGAGGAACAAAAGGGAAGAAUCAUGAAAGAGAAGAUUGAAAAACUUACAAGAGAAAUCUCAUCCCUUUCAGACACAAUCCGAGUGAUAGAACAGGAGCUGGAAGCUGAAGACAUCUCCUUCCUGCAGAACAAUGAUCGAAGCUGCUUCUCUCCCAUUGGCUGCCUGUCUCCUCGUGACCUUUCACCUGGCGGUUGUGACCUUACCAUACAGCCAACCACAGGCAGGCAACCUCACAGGCAAGCCCACCAGCUUGUAUCCUGCACCGUCAUUGGCAGACACCACAAGCCCCGCCCCACCAGCACCGGACUCUGCCAAGAUUCCGACCUCAGACCCCACCUGUCUACUUCCUGUGAGAGUGACAGACACAGGAAGUGAGGUAGAAGAAUAUAAAACAGAGAAGAAUGAAAUGAAAGAACAGGAGAAAUCUGAAGAAGGUGGUGUUCGCUAUUCCAAUGGGAGUCCAGUGCUGGUGUUCCUAGUGGCGGCAAUGGGAAUUGGGACUGUACUGGGAAUCAUCUACUGUGUUUACAGCAGGGU